AUAGAGCACAAUGUGUUUCCAACUCUGACAGUAUUUACACUUCUUUAAAAAAGAAAAGAAGAAAAAAAAGGAUCUUACAGAACCAGCGUUUUACCUUCUAAAGAAUUUAAGCAUCACCUGUCGUGUGUUGGUUUGAGGGAAUUAGCAAAGUGUCUGUGCGGCACCAUGUCUGUGGUCAGAAUCCUGUUCUGUUGGCUGCUAACGUUUCAUCUCAAUGAGGGGAAGAAAAUGAGAGGAAACAAAGCAGGUGCAGUGGACGGAGAGCAGAGGGUAGUCCCGAGGCUGAGCGAGCCGUACGUCAGCAGCUCAGUCUUCAGGAUGUUUUUAGAAGGUGAGGACAACUGCACACUGGAUCCUCUGCAGCUGCACACGCUCACCUCCUGUGGCUUCAACAGCAGUAAUCCCAUCAUCAUCAUCACUCACGGGUGGUCGAUCGAUGGUAUGAUGGAGAACUGGGUGUUCAGGUUAGCCACAUCCCUGAAGACAAAUCUAAUCGACGUCAACGUGGUGAUUACCGACUGGUUGCUCCUGGCUCACACGCACUACCCCACGGCCGCACAGAGCACUCGCACUGUUGGAAAAGACAUCGCUCACCUGCUGCAGUCCCUUCAGGUACACUACCGGUACCCAGUUAGAAAGGUUCAUUUGAUUGGCUACAGCCUCGGGGCUCACAUCUCUGGAUUUGCUGGAAGUUAUCUGGAAGGUUCAGAGAAGAUUGGAAGAAUUACAGGUCUCGAUCCAGCGGGGCCACUUUUUGAAGGCAUGUCUCCGACAGACAGACUGUCUCCUGACGAUGCUGAAUUUGUGGAUGCUAUCCACACCUUCACCCAGAAACAUUUGGGCCUCAGUGUGGGCAUCAAGCAGGCCGUGGCACAUUAUGACUUCUACCCCAACGGAGGGGACUUCCAACCUGGAUGUGAUCUGCAUAGUAUUUACGGCCACGUCUACGAGUACGGGCUCCUCGGCUUCGAGCAGACAGUGAAAUGUGCUCAUGAGCGGUCCGUCCACCUCUUCAUCGACUCGCUGCUGAACAAAGACAAACUGAGCAUGGCUUACAGGUGCAGGAACAAAACGGCCUUUGACAAGGGCGUCUGUCUGGCCUGUCGGAAGCAUCGCUGCAACACACUGGGCUACGACAUCCAGAAGGUCCGGACUAGCUCCAGCUGGAAGUUCUUCCUGAACACACGCUCGCAGAUGCCUUACAAACUCUAUCAUUACCAGUUUAGGAUCCAGUUGGUCAACCAGAUGGAGGAGAUCGAGCCCUCUCUUAUCAUCUCUCUCACUGGAACAAAGGAGGAGAGUGGGGACGUCCCCAUCAUGAUCACUGGAACCAGUUCAGGGAAUAAGACGCACACCUUCCUGAUCACCCUGGACAGAGACUUAGGGGAUCUGAUGUUGCUUCACUUGCACUGGGAAGGAUCGGCUCUGUGGAAGAACAUGUGGAACCGGAUGAAGAACAUCAUUCCCUGGGGCGGCCAGGAGAGGAAGCCACUGCUGACUCUGGGCAAGAUCAGCGUCAAAGGAGGCGACACGCAGGAGAGGACAUCCUUCUGCGCCCUGACCAAUGAUGGACAUCGUGUUGAAGUGGCACGAGAUGAAGUGUUUGUGCGCUGUAAAGAUAACACGCCAAAGCAGCACAGACGAAAGCACAACUAGGCUCUUCAUCCGUGGAACAGACUCAAGAUCUCUGAUGGAUGGAAUAGGAGUUCACAGUUGCAUGAACGUCCACAAACUCCUCAAAGUGAGGCUGUGCAGAUUUAGGGAAUAAUUUAGAAAUGAUUGUCUGACGGAUGUAUGUGAAAUUAUGAAUAAGCUAAGCAUUGCACACUGUACUUUGAGUAACAAGCCCAUAUUUACAUGUUUGCCUUCAUACUAAUGUCUUUGUUGAACGUUUGCCAAUUCAAAUAUUAACCAGACAGUAAACGCAGUCGGACGUUCAAUGACCUUUUGAUGUUAAUUCCUAAAAGAUGUAUAUGAAUUUCUUUCUUUGCGUGUAUGUAAAACGAUCAAUCUCCUUUUUUUUAAACCUC